GGACGUAAACACAGCAGCGGCAGAGCGGAGCUAACCGUCCGACUGAGCGGUGCUGGAUCCGGCUCCUAUCUUCGUGUUUUGCACGGCUGUCCGACUUUGUAGGCUAUAAAACAAUUUCUUUCCGACUUCAGCUACAGUGUUAGCUAAGUUUGGAGAGGAGCAAAAGGGAGAAACGUCGUGUCUUUUUGUGUUUUUCCUGUGCAGUGGUAGCUGCGAGUCGACCUGUUUUAUUGUACGUUAUUACAAAAGAGGAGAGGGAAACAAAUCACUUGGUUAUUAUUAUAAUUUUUUUUGGACAGCUUUAAAAUGGAUAACUCUGAGCGUAAGAAGACAUGCUGUGAAUCUGUCCGAGACUUCUUCACCUCGGCUAAGCUCCUGAUUUACAUGGGACAUGCCCUGUCAACAUGGGGUGACCGAAUGUGGAACUUCGCCGUGGCUGUUUUCCUGGUGGAGCUGUAUGGGAACAGCCUGCUGCUCACGGCCGUCUACGGGCUGGUGGUGGCCGGUUCUGUGCUGGUACUGGGAGCCAUCAUCGGGGACUGGGUGGACAAGAAUCCAAGACUCAAAGUGGCCCAGACUUCGCUGCUGGUCCAGAACAGUUGUGUCAUCGUGUGCGGGAUCCUCCUGAUGGUUGUUUUCCAUUUCAAAGAACAGCUUGUGGAGCUUUACAAUGGAUGGAUUCUGACCACCUGCUACAUCCUGGUGAUCACCAUCGCCAACAUCGCCAACCUAGCCAGCACGGCGACAUCCAUCACCAUCCAGAGGGACUGGGUGGUGGUUGUGGCAGGAUCAGACAGCAGCAAGUUGGCAGACAUGAAUGCCACAGUGCGGAUUAUCGACCAGCUGACCAACAUCCUGGCUCCCAUGCUAGUGGGUCAGAUAAUGGCCUUUGGCUCCCAUUUCGUUGGUUGCGGCUUCAUCUCCGGCUGGAACCUGUGCUCCAUGUGUGUGGAGUACGCACUGCUGUGGAAGGUCUACCAGAAGACGCCGGCGUUAGCCGUGAAAGCCGGUCAGAAGGAACAGCAACAGGAGCUCAAACAGCUCAGCCCAUCAAGAGACUUGGAGAAUGGCCAGAGUCCGGAGGAGUCGUCUCAGCCACUGAUGACUGAGGGCUCAGUCGUGACCAAGCCUGACUCUCCCAAGCAGCGUGGCUGUUGCUACCAGGUGGCCGAACCUCUGCGCACCUUCAAGGCCGGCUGGGUGGCCUACUACAACCAGAACAUCUUCUUUGCCGGCAUGUCCCUGGCUUUCCUCUACAUGACAGUGCUGGGCUUCGACUGCAUCACCACAGGCUACGCCUACACGCAGGGCCUUAACGGCUCGGUGCUCAGCCUGCUGAUGGGGGCCUCAGCUGUGUCGGGCAUUUGUGGCACUGUCGCCUUCACUUGGGUUCGCAAGAAGUGUGGCCUGAUUCGCACAGGCUUCAUUUCCGGCGUGGCCCAGCUGUCCUGCCUCAUGCUGUGUGUUGUCUCUGUCUUUGCUCCUGGGAGCCCCUUCGACCUCAGCGUCUCGCCCUUCCAGGACCUUUACACCCACCUGAUCGGAGAGAAGACGCUGCCCGAGGCCGACCACAGUCUCACCGGCGUUCUUACAGGUGGAAACGUCACUACUCCUGCACCAGCUGAAGAGGUGCCACCUCUGCAGUCCUACAUGUCUGUUAGUCUGCUGUUUGCCGGCGUCAUUGCUGCUAGAGUUGGCCUGUGGUCUUUUGACCUGACAGUGACCCAGCUCAUCCAGGAGAAUGUGAUUGAGUCAGAGCGAGGUGUGAUCAACGGCGUCCAGAACUCCAUGAAUUACCUCUUGGACCUGCUGCACUUCAUCAUGGUGAUUCUGGCUCCGAACCCAGAGGCUUUCGGCCUGCUGGUCAUCAUCUCUGUCUCCUUCGUGGCCAUGGGCCAUGUCAUGUACUUUGUGUUUGCCUUCAAGAACCUGGGAAACCGCCUCUUCCUCUGCUGCUCGCCGGAGCAGAAGGUGGAGACGGUUGACAGCCCCUCACCUCCUACCACCGUCUAACCACAUUAAAGAGACUCCGUCCCGGGUACAUAUUUCUCAAGCCUUACCCCAGCCCGGCAUCUUAUUUAUCUAACAUGUUUGCUGAAUGCUAACGUACACCAGAGAAAAGCAAAUUAACAUGCUUUGCGUAGCAAUUAACAAAGCACUACUCAUUAGCAGAAGGUGGUAAGCUGUAGAAAACUAAUCCGUAACAAAACUCUAGAUAAGGCAGGUUUUCUCUAAUGCUUUCAGUCUGGGAGUCAGAUGAAAGCCUCAGUCUCUCAUCUAUGGGUCCACGCCCUCUGAUCCAUACAUGUACUGUCAAACAAGGAUCCAUCACUGUGAGGCUUGUUACCACGGUGUGGGUCUCGUUAAAGAAAUCAGGGGACAAGACACUGUAAAAUAUUCUCCUGUAAAGAUGUUUAAAGGGUGCCUCAGCUAACUAAAAGGCAAAACGAGGGAGAAAUCUUGCAGGCGAGCAGGCACUUGGAUUGAAGGGGACGCCUGUAAAGCAGAGCGUACCACCUUUUUCUGCAGCUUGCCUCUCAGUGACUUCAUUGGUGCUGUAGCUGUGUCUGCUAGCUGUUCUCUGAUAGCCUACAUGUCCAUGUAUGAUGAGCAGGCUGUGGACGUCUUCCUCCGCAGGGCGGGAAGAUACCUUUUAUUUAACCAAACACAAAACUGCGAUCUAGUCUCCUUAAUGUGUGGUUAUAAGGGUUAUGCAAUUAACUGUAUUUAUUCAGGAAAAGCAGACGGUGGGUUUUAUGGUAACUGUAUCAUCAGUAUUGUGUUGCGCGCUUGCGUUUGUGCCAUACGAAAGAAGCUCCUAUGCACCCUUGUCAAUAGUUCUCUCAGUUACCAAAGUCAAAGUCCGCGCGUGGCAUAAAAGGAAGUGAGGGAAAUCUGUCUGAAGCAUUCCAAAUGUUUAUUUUUACGUCAGGUAACAGUAGUUGUGUUGGUUCACUAAUGCUUUCAUACACCCAGAGUUUAUCUGAAUAUUUCUAACCCACUCUGAGACUGUACUUAAAUCUAUUUUUUCUGGUAGUUUACAUCAAUAGUGUUAUUUUGUCACCAUUUGAUCUUAUGUUCUCUUGAGUAAUUUUCUCAAUCAUUGUUGAUACACAGGCACUUUAAGUGAUAGAAGUCUGUAGUUACACCUAAUGCGUGAUCAGGCAUUUGAUCAAUAUUUUUGCACAAGGCUUAAGUCCUGACUCAGCCCUCAACCCCCACCCCCAGGCUCUCGAUCUUAUUUUAAAUCACUAAUAGUUUCCUUGUCUAUUCAGGUGCUGUGGGGGUAUUGUGGUUAAAAAAAGGCACAUAUUGUAACACUCAGCACUCAUGUUCUUGAGCAAAAAAUGUACGGUGAAAAAGUCUGAAUACACCCUGAGAUUUACCCAGAUACCCCCGUUUCCUCCAAAAGUCAGCCAGGGAGCUUAGUCAGCAAUUUCUUUUCUCCCUCCUCUCAGUUUACCGCCUCAGACUGCCAGCAGGCGCUGGACCGUCCAGGACUGAAUGAGGCUUUUUAUUUCUUAAUGCUGCAAGCUUCAGCAUUCUUGCAUUGACAUUCUAGAAAAUGCAUUUCAAAAGAAUCUUGUGAAAGUUUGUGUCUUUCCUCUUUUCCCUUGAAGCAAAAGAAAAGCGAAGGUAGAUGAAGCCGUGUGGAUACGUGCAGGAUAAUAGUAAAUGAUAAAACUCAAAAAGACAGCAAACUGACUGAGUAAGGUCAGUUAUUCAGCAAUAUCAGUGCCUAAAUGUUUGUUAAUAUUAGCAUUAGCCACUGGUCACACCAGACCCAGUUAGGCUGUAGCAGCAGAGCCCCUGUGCUGUGUUUUACUGCUUCAACUUUUCAUCCUUACAGGAAUAAUUUGUAAUUGUCACAAACUAACCUGAUCUCACUUUCAAGAUUUGCUCAAGUAAAGUAGUUAAUGUAGCUGUAAUCCGCUCCCUGACCCUCCGUGAUUUCUGUCGCCUUACUGUAAAUUAGCCUCGACAGCUGUUUGACGCACACAUGUGGCUACACCACGACGGCAAAUGGCCGCACGCCACCCGUAGAAAGUCUAGCCAGUCUAGUCAAGAUUUUGGUAAAGGGGAGGACGGAAUAUUUAGGUUGGAAACAGAAGUGGCCGCAGCAGAUGUUGGAGAACAGAAGGCCACUCUUUAGCUGCACUUUCCCAUGAAACCUGGUGAGCCAGGAUGUCUGCAGGUGUGCUGCGAGCUUCAUUUUCACGUUCCACUCGGGGUUUAACGUAACCUCAAACUCAGCUCUUAAAACUGCUGGUCUGCUGAUUCAGGAACAUCACACAUGGCCAUAACUUUAUAUUUAUACUUAAAUAUACAAUUAGAAAAUGCAAAAAAAAAAAAGGUGUAUCUUGUUGCCAUGCUGUUUUUUUUUUACCUUUUUAUAUAUCUAGUGUUAACAUUUUGUGACAAAUGGAGGUUUCAUAAAGAUUUAAAAAAGAAAUUGUGUAUCAUUUGAGUACAUCUGUAUCAUACUGCUUAAAUCUGACCAUAUAUAUCUCUCUCUCUGUUUAUACAUAUAUCAGUGUUACAUAUAUAUAUACAUACAUAGUUGUAGUUCAGUAGACGAAAGCAUUAAAUCAUAAAGAAAUCAUCAAUUUUUUUGUAAUAAAUCUCACUGAAUAUAAUAAUGUUGGUACUGCUUGUACUGCAUGAGGUCUCCUGAAUAAAGAAAAACCUUCACAA